AUGUCAAGAUAUUUAAGUAGUAUAAUUGAGAACAAUGAUCCCGAAAUUGAUGCAACACAUGAUCAUAUAAACAAUGAUCCCGAAAUUGAUACAACACAUGAUCAUAUAAACAAUGUUAAUCCCAAAACUGUGGUUGAAAAACGUGAACCAACUAAAACUAUGAGUAUUGAAGAACACGAGUUGUUAAGAAAGAUGGACAUAAGAAUUAUUCCGUUAUUUUCAAUCUUUUAUAUAUUAGGUUUCAUAGAUAAGCUUAAUAUUGGAAAUGCAAAAUUGGAACACAUAGAAGAAGAUCUUCAUUUAACUUCAAACAAAUAUAACUUGGUUUUAAUUCCAACUAUUAUGCUUGCAUGUGGUAUAGUAGUAAUAUGCACCGCAGCAGCCAAAGAUUUUGUUCAUAUAAUGGUAUUAAGAUUUUUAUUAGGCGUGUUUGAAGCUGGGUUUUUUCCAGGCGUCAUAUUUUACAUUACAAAAUGGUAUAAGAAUUCCGAGGAAAAUUAUCGAAUUAGUUUAUUUUGCUCGGCUGCUACAAUCGCUGGCGCAUUUAGCGGCCUAAUGUCGUUUUCUGCCUCGACUCUUUUACAUAAAGUAAAUGGAUUAAAUGGUUGGCAAUGGGUAUUCAUCAUUGAUGGUUCGUUUACUUGCGCUGUUGCAUUGUUCUCUUACUAUUUAAUCCCAGACAGUCCAGAAACUGCCUCUUGGCUUACAAAUGAAGAACGAAAGUUGGCCGUCGAACGUUUAAACGAUGAACCUUCACAUGCUCAUGAAUCUUAUAGUGAAAUUCAUCAAAUUUUGGACGCUUUUAAAGAUUGGAAAAUAUAUAUGGCCAUGUUACAAUACUUUUGUAUCAAUGCUCCGUUAUAUUCCUUCUCAUUUUAUAUUUCAUCAAUUGUAAAUAGCUUGGGAUUUAGUGCUGUUGUUUCCCAACUUCUUGCCACUCCUCCAUUUAUUCUGGGAUGUAGUUCUUCGCUUCUUAUAGCCAUAUCUUCUGAUCGCACCGGAGUUCGUGGCGAUGCUAUGAUGAUAGCCGCGGGUAAUAUAGGUGCAGGAAUAAGCACUCAGUUUUAUAAUCUGAAUAAUGUUGAAAUUACCGAAACACGUGACACUUUACAUGACUCUUCACAUGACUCUUUACAUGACAAAACACAUCAUGGUGCUCCAUCUUAUAGACUUGGUCAUAUUAUUUCAUUUUCACUUUUGGUCAUUGCUUUUAUUACAUGUAUAAUUAAAUUUAAUUUACUGGCUAGAGAAAAUGCAAAAAAGUUUGAAAAAAGAUCGAAUAUAGGUAUGGGUGAAGAAGAGGCUAUGAAAUUUGGAGAUAAACAUCCUUCUUUUAUUUAUAGUUUAUAG